CAAGAUGCUGUACUGACUACUGACACCUACUGGUCACCUUUGUUCACUGGAGAGUCUGUUACCUUCAUAUGUGACAUGAAGGAAGGAGGAGUCACUGACUGGCAUUAUAAAAUCAACAAGGAUGGUGGAGAAUUUAUUCCCUACAACACACAUCAACGCUACACAAUAAAUCUGUCUCCAGGUUACAGUGGUGGAUAUCAGUGCUGUGGUUACAACAAGAGAUCACAUCAGACAAAGUGUAGUAAUACUGUCACUUUAACUGUAUCUGCAUCAGAUAGACCCAGGGCCACACUGACAUCAGGACCAACAACCAUACCAGUAGGAGGCAGAGUGACACUGACCUGCUCUGUGGAGCCCUCUGCUGGAUGGAAAUAUGAGUGGUUCAGACGUAGCACAGACACCUCUGAAGUUCAAGUCAUAAAUGAUGGAGAAAACAGAGUUAUCAGUGUAUCACAAGGAGGAAUCUACUGGUGCAUAGGAGGAAGAGGAGGAAGAGGAGAACCAGUUUACUACACUGAUCACAGUGAUCCAGUCACCAUUGAGAUAACCUUUCCCAACAAGGCUGUUGUAACACAACAACACAACUGGCCUCAGAUAUUCAGAGGUGAGAAGAUCAAUCUGACAUGUGAGGUCCAGGGAGGUGAAGACACUGAGUGGAAGUAUGACUGGAGAGCACCCAGAUCAUCUACACACUGGACAGACAAUAAAUACUGGACUUUCACUGCUUCUGAGUCCAGCACUGGAAACUACAUGUGUAGGAGUAGACUCAGAGAUGACUCAUAUUCUUCAACAGAGUGGAGUGAAGCCAUCACACUGUCAGUAUCUGGUAAGUCAUGUUUGUUGUUUAGCUCUUCAUUUCUUCUUCCAUUGAUCAUUGGACUGGUUUGUGGAAUUUCACUGAUUAUUCUUCUGCUGCUGUUGUGUCUCUACAAACAGUCAAAGGAUUCCUGCUUUAUCAGGUCUCAGAGCACAAAUCAGAGCUCUGCUACAGAUCACAUGAUCAACCAGGAUGAAGGUCAACAGAGUGAACAUCCUUCUCCUCUCCACGGUGAUGCUCAUGUCUAUGAAUCAAUCAAAGGCCCUGAAGACAUUGAAAAUGAUGAAUCCAGGGAUGUCACAUAUUCUUUGAUUGAGCUUAAAAACAUCACUAAGAAGGAGAAGAAGCAGAAACCAGAGGAGAGCUGUGUUUACUCUGCUGUGAAGACUGGAUCAUCUCCAGAUGACGGUCUGAUGUAUGAACAGGUUCUCUUCCAUAAGAAAGGUAAAGCCAAGAGAGACAAAGGAAAAUCAGCUCCUGCAGCAGCUGAAGAAACAUUUUAUUCUGAAAUCAAACCAGGAACAUCUCAUGGUAAAUAUAACAUUGAUUUCUAAGAAUAGAUCUCUGUUGUGCUCAGACUACAGGAGUUUUGGUCUGAUUUGUUCCUGGAUUCCACCCUCCUGGUAAAUAGAGGAUAAACCAUCAGAUUAUCUGGUAACAUGAAGGUUCACACAUGUAAUUUUAAGA